AUGCGAUCUGCAUUCGCCUUAUCUUGGAAUGUACAGUGGCUAGGCUCGUUUCCUGUGUCAGGCACGGAUCCAGAGACGAUUUCACGUCGUUUGGAUCGCUUCAGUGCCACGAGUGAACCUAUUAACGUCCAGUUUUCAGUUUCGUUAAAUGGUGUACGAGUUUGUGAUCCGCAAUUAAAUGUUAGUUUCUUCGAUGCUUCAAACAUUCUCUCAUUUAUUAUGCUUCUGUUUUCAUUGAAACUUCAUAAAUUAUUAUCAUUAUCAGUUGAAAAAAUUCUCUUCUUACCUCCUGUGGGUGACUUGGGUUUUCCUUCAAUUUCAGAUUGUAUAUCAGAGAUGUGGGACUCUGAGGAGGUCACAAUUCCUAGUGUUUCAGUUAUCACUAGGAUUAUUUUGGUUUUCCUUCCCACAUCAUCCCUAGUACCUCAUCCAGCCCCUCUUGUUUCUCCAGAUUCACAUAUUGCUUCUUCCUGA